AUGCGCGCUAUCCAGGUUAAAGAAUACGUCAAGGGUCCACUCGACCUCACAGUUUCCACCCUUCCAACUCCGUCCCCCUCCCCGUCCGCCUACCUAAUUGAAAUCCACUCGGCAGGGACAAACUUCUUUGACCUGCUUCAAAUCCGAGGCAAAUACCAGCACCAGCCUCCGCUCCCAUGGAUCAGCGGCUCUGAGUUCGCAGGCACGAUUGCCGCCGUCCCAACAACAAGCGGGCCAUGGAAAUACAAAGUCGGGGACCGGGUGUUCGGUGCCACGCAGGGCGCGUAUGCCACGCAUGUCCUGGCACCCGAGUCGGCUCUGCUCCCUGUACCGCAGGGUUGGAGCUUUGAGGAUGCGGCAGGACUGUUCGUUACGGCGCCAACAUCGUAUGGUGGACUGGUGCAUCGGGCAAAUGUGCAGCCUGGGGAGUGGGUACUUGUUCAUGCGGCUGCUGGAGGUGUUGGGCUUGCGGCGGUGCAGAUUGCCAAGGCGCGCGGAGCGACAGUGAUUGCGACGGCGGGGACCGAGAGAAAGAGGGAGGUUGCGAAAGCUUUCGGGGCAGACUACGUGAUCGAUUACCGGGACAAGGCCUGGCCAGAGAAGGUGAAGGCGUUGUGCGCAGAGCAUCGGAGCGGGAAUGGUAAGGCCGGCGUAGAUGUUGUUUACGACCCCGUCGGCAUGAUUGAUCUGAGUUUGAAGUGUGUGGCGUGGAAUGCGCGGCUGCUGGUUAUUGGAUUUGCGGCAGGAAGUAUAGAGAAGGUUGCGCUGAACCGGGUCUUGUUGAAGAAUGUUAGCAUUGUCGGACUGCACUGGGGCCAGUAUGCGAAGUUUGAAACCGAGACGGUGGGCGCCGUGUGGAAGGGCAUCUUUGAUCUGAUCGCGCAGGGCAAGUUCAGGGGCACGGCUUUCAGGGACGAAAGCUUUGUUGGGUUGGAGAGUGUGCCCAGGGCACUGCAGGCGCUCGGUGGAAGGGAGACAUGGGGAAAGGUCGUCGUUCGAAUUAUCGACGACAAGGGUAGUAAGUUGUAA